AUGCCAAACUCCAAGGAAAAACCUGGUUUUGGUCAGCGGAAAACGUGCCAAAGCUUAUGUACGGUCAACCCUAACCUCAAUCUAAGAACAAGUUCGGAAAGUGCGGCUAAUAAUGCGGGUGCAAAUAAUUUUCGUCCUAGAUCAGAACCAAAUGUUGCAGGUUCUAGAUUAUCUACGACUAGUUCUCGGGCUCGGCGAGCUGCUCUUGAUCUUCAGCGUCUUGAGGAAGAAAGGCGCUUGGAAAAGGAAUAUCUUGCAAAAAAGUACGAUCUACUGCAGAUUCAGCUCGAGCGGGAAACAGACGAAAACAGUGACAUAACUCAUCGAUCAUCUUCUGGCAGUAAGCAGAGAACACAGGACUGGGUUGAUAGCCUGGUAGUCCCGACAUUAAGUAACAUCACCGAAUCUCUUCAGAUUCCCGUGGGUACUCAGUCCCGGACCGGCGCUAUUCCGAAGACAGUUUCAGUGUCAUCAGCGGCUGAUUUGCAUGUAGUCGUUAAUAAAGAUGUUCAAUUAAGAAACACUCGCAAUAAUCGGACGGGCUCAAAACCGAUUCCAUCCAUAAUGAACAAUGUUUGUGGUUAUGAUCAGCAACGUGUAUAUGAAGAUGUUACGAUGUCAAGUGCUACAGUGUGUAGCGGAGCUGUAAAUGUUUUAAACGCUACGUCACCGAUCAAUGAAAUUUCAUCGGAAUUAGUGAACCUCUCUAUUUCAACUACUCGGACACCGGAUGACUUGAUGGAUCAGUUUGUCGAACUUCAGCAACGAAUGAACGGUUUACAACAACAAUUAGCAGCUACCGGUAGUCAGCAAAUUCGACAAACCCUGUUUGCAGAUUCCGAUCCGGUACGAUCGUCGACAUUGUCCUAUAAGUUUCCAGUGAGUAACAAGAACGUGAAAGUUACCAGUUCGGUAAGUCAAAUAUGCUCCAACACUACUACUACUAUAGCAAACCAAAUAAACGUUACGAGCCUGCCAUGGCCUUCAAAUCAAUUUGACACAUUUACUAAAACGCCUUCUAGUACCACCGUGCCUCGUUCGACCCCCCAAAUUCUACCAUUCAUGCCAACUUAUAUUAGUACACCCCAAUCUCGUUUUAUCCCACCCUCUGUACACACCGUAUCAUCAUAUUUAUCGCCUAUUGUAUCGCCAAUGAUUCCAACGUCUGCUUCCACCUCUACUGCCGUAUCUGCUGUCGCCGCCGAUAUACUUCCGCGGCAAUUGUUUUGUGGACCUAACUCACAACAACUCGCUGCCAGACAAGUUGUGCCCAGAGAGCUGCCUGCCUUCUCCGGUGAUCCUGUCGAGUGGCCAUUGUUUCUGAGCUGUUACCAAAACUCAACGGAAAUGUGCGGAUAUUCGCAGGGUGAGAAUCUCAUGCGGUUGCAACGCUGCCUAAAAGGGAAUGCAUUGGAAGCAGUUAGAAGCUAUCUGAUGCAACCAUCGUCGGUACAGCUGAUCAUCGAUACAUUGAGGACAUUGUAUGGUCGCCCAGAGCUUAUCAUAAACUCAUUGCUUACAAAAGUUCGUGCUACACCAUGCCCUAAACCUGAACGGUUGGAAACGUUGGUUAUUUUCGGGUUAGCAUGUAAAAAUUUCUGCAGUCAUCUUCAGGCUGCAGGGCUUCAUGAUCACUUGUCGAACCCCUUGCUGUUACAGGAGUUGGUGAACAAGCUUCCAGCCACGAUUAAACUCAAUUGGGCGAUCUUCAAACGUCAGCAUGACACAGUCGAUCUUACCACAUUCGGUUGUUAUAUGGACCAAAUAGUGAUAGCAGCGAGUGAGGUAACAUUUCCUAACGAGACAGAAGGAAGCCGCAUCAAUCAGAUAGAGAGACAAAAAUUAAAUGGAAAGCUGUACGUGAAUGCUCACACCUCUGAGAGUUGUUUAUCAAAGGACCAUCACAAGUUAGAAGGCAAAGAGAAUAAACCCAAACCUUGCGUAGUAUGUCAGAGCGAGGGACACAGGAUAAAGGAUUGCCCUGCCUUUCAUAAAAUGCGUCUGGUUGACCGUUGGAGUUUUGUUGAAAAUCGAAUGCUAUGUCGGCGCUGCUUGUUUUUCCACGGAAAGUUCCCCUGUAAGGCAAAAACUUGUGGUGAAAAUGGAUGUAACGAUCGGCAUCACAAGUUACUUCACCCUGGUAAACCACAAUCGACAUCAACAAUUGUUCGCACGCAGGCUACCAAUACAAUAACGAUUCAUCGGCAGCUGCAGCAAACGGCUAUGUUCCGUAUCAUUCCAGUGUUCUUGCAUGGAAAUGGCAAAUCAAUUCAGACAUAUGCCUUUCUCGACGACGACUCAGCUAAGACGUUGGUCGAUUCAGCGAUUGCAGAAGUUCUUGGAGUGAGUGGCGAUGUUCAUCCACUUUGCUUACAAUGGACAAGUGGUAUUGAGCGAACGGAAGAGAAUUCCCAAUUAAUACGGCUUGAGAUAUCAGGAGUAAACAAUGCAAAUAAGUACACUAUAAAUGAUAUUCAUACUGUCAAAAAUCUGAACCUUCCUGAUCAAUCAUUACACUACGGCAAUCUUUGUAAACAGUUUCCACAUCUACGAGGCUUACCAGUGCAAAGCUACGAAGCUGCUGUUCCAUCAAUUCUGAUUGGUUUGGACAACUCGUUUUUGAUGGCAUCGCGUAAAAUCAAAGAAGGAACUAGAGGUAAUCCAAUUGCUUCCAAAACAAGACUGGGUUGGACAGUUUAUGGAACAAAGCCCACGGGAAUCGAGUUUCCGGUUCACCGUCUGUUACAUAUCAAAGCUCGUUCGUCCGAGCAAGAGCUUCAUGAACUAGUUCAGGAAUUUUUCGCAAUGGAAAGUGUGGGCAUUACAUCAAAAGUCAUGGAAAGUGACGACGAUCGCCGCGCACGAAUGAUUCUCGAGAGCACUACCGUUCGAACUGCGUCAGGCAAAUUUCAAACCGGGUUAUUAUGGAAAUACGAUCGUGUAGAAUUUCUAAACAGCAGACCAAUGGCGGAAAAAAGAUUACUCAGUCUGGAACGCCGAUUAGCAUUGAAGCCGGACUUGUAUGACAAUGUUAGACAUCAGCUGAGCGAGUAUCAAAAAAAGGGUUACGCUCACAAAGUAGAUCAGCAGGAAUUGGCUAGUUUCGACCCUAAAAGAACCUGGUAUCUACCUCUCAAUGUGGUUUCUAAUCCCAGGAAGCCAAAUAAAGUUCGAUUGGUAUGGGAUGCUGCUGCAAAGGUUCAAGGUCAGUCGUUCAAUUCGGCCCUAUUGGCGGGUCCGGAUCUUAUGACACCACUCCCAAAGGUUUUGUGUCCAUUCCGACAGUUCGAGGUGGCCAUCAGCGCGGAUAUCUGUGAGAUGUUCCACCAGAUUUUCAUUCGUUCGGAGGAUCGAUCCGCUCAGUUAUUCCUAUGGCGAGACGAUACAUGUACAGAUUUCGACGUUUUCGCAAUGGAUGUGGCUACCUUUGGUUCCACCUGUUCACCGUCCGCAGCUCAAUUUGUGAAAAAUCGAAAUGCCGAAGAAUUCGCUGAGCAAUAUCCACUUGCAUCGGAAGCAAUCAUCAAACACCAUUAUGUGGAUGAUUUUUUGUACAGUGCGCAUACUGAGGAGGAGAUGAUACGAUUAGCGUUACAAGUGAAGCUGGUGCACUCGAAAGCGGGUUUCAAUAUCCGUAAUUGGUUAUCGAAUUCGCCAAAUGUUUCUGUACGGGUCGGAGAACAGCAAGCAGAGCCUUCUGUAAAGUUCGUUGAUAAAUCAACAGUAUAUGAAAGAGUCCUUGGCAUGAUAUGGAAACCGGAAUCAGAUGUUUUCGUAUUUCAAGGCGUGUUUCGAGAAGAGAUACAAAAUUUGUUAUGUAAUGAAGUUGCACCGACAAAAAGAGAAGUUCUUCGCGUUGUUAUGAGUAUCUUCGAUCCAAUUGGACUGGUAGCUGUUUUUGUCGUGCAUGGGAAACUGCUUAUACAGCAAAUCUGGCGAAACGGGUUAAGUUGGGAUGAGCACAUAAGGGAUCAAAUGCUUCUCCAGUGGAAACGGUGGAUUAAGUUGCUACAAGAGCUUGAGCAAGUGCAAAUAACGCGAUGUUAUUUUCCCGGCUACACUCCAAAAGACUACAGCUCCUUGGAAUUGCAUAUUUUUGUCGAUGCCAGCGAGGAAGCCAUGGCUGCCGUAGCAUAUUUUCGCAUUAUUGAAGGUUCGAAUGUUCGUUGCUCCUUGGUAUCAGCAAAGACAAAGGUGGCUCCAAUAAAACCACUAUCCAUUCCGAAGCUUGAACUGUCGGCGGCCGUGCUCGGCGCGAGACUCUCCAAGUCUGUCAUUGAAAAUCACACACUUCCGAUAACUCGCCAUGUUUUUUGGACUGAUUCUAGGACCUGUCUCUCUUGGUUGCGCUCAGAUCCUAAAAAAUACCGCCAGUUCGUCGCAUUCAGAGUAACAGAGAUUCUCGAGCUUACUCAGAUAGAUAAAUGGCGCUGGCUCCCAUCCCGUUUGAACGUCGCAGAUGAAGCAACCAAGUGGGGUAAGGAACCCAAUGUGAACAUUGAGAGCCGUUGGUUCCAAGCUCCUGCGUUUUUGUAUCGGCAGCCCGACCAUUGGCCCAAGCAUACAGCUAAAACGGUUGAUACUACGGAAGAGUUACGUCCGAUGCAUCUGCAUCAUCACAUCGUCAAACAGCAACUAAUACAGUUCGAACGAUUUUCGAAGUGGGAGCGCUUAGUUCGAGUCGUCGCAUAUAUACAUAGAUUUAUCCAAAUACUCCGUUGCCGAAUUGGUAAGAAGAAACUGUCAAAUCCGGAAUGGCUGAACCAGGAUGAGUUAAAGAAAGCAGAGACUACAAUUUGGCGGUUGAUUCAACACGAAACAUACGGAGACGAAAUUGUUGUGCUGACUAAGAAUCGAGAACUGCCCACUGAAAAGCAUUCAAGAAUCGGAAGGUCUAGUGAAAUCGCUAAGCUUUCCCCCUUUUUGGAUGAUCAAGACACCCUGCGCAUGGAUGGCAGGAUCGCCAAUGCUCAACAGGUUUCAUUCGACUUCAAGGUCCCUAUAAUCCUUCCGAAAGGACAUGGCGGAACAAGGCUGCUUGCGGAUUGGUAUCAUCGUCAGUACAAGCACGGUAAUUCAGAGACAGCAGUGAACGAGAUGCGCCAAAAGUUUUAUAUUUCGGAAAUGAGAGUCGUAAUCAAACAAGCCAGCAAGCAGUGCCAGUGGUGCAAGAUCUACAAGGUUAUCCCAGAGAUUCCCAGAAUGGCUCCUUAG